AUAUAAAUAGUAGCAUGGGCAGCUACUGUUGAAAUAAGUUCGAUUUUUUUGCUUACAAAAGAAUCACAUCUAUAUUUCAACUCACAUUUCGUUCAAUUCUGCGAGCAAGGCAAAUGGACAUUAUGAGCUCCGGAUGUGAAGCAACGCUGAUGGAAUCCAUAUGUGAAGGUAAAAAUUCAUGGCCGGAACUGGUGGGAGAAGAUGGACUAGCAGCAGCAGAAAUAGUGGAGAAGGAAAAUCCGAACGUGAAUGCCAUUGUGUUGUUGGUGGGAACUCCGGUGACAAGAGACUUCAGGUGCGAUCGUGUUUGGGUUUGGGUUAACGAGGAUGGAAUUGUUGUUUGCACACCUAUAAUUACUUAGGCGGCCAUCUUGUCCCACCCGCAGAUCAAGUAUAACCUAUGUUGGGAUCUCUAUUAGUUUGAUCUGUCUGGAUUAUUUAUAAUGUAUGUUCGUAUCAUGUAAUAAAGUACCUCAAGAAGUUAAUUGGCUAGUUCAGUUCGAGGCAUUUAUUUGUUUCGGAUGAGCUUGACAUGCUUUAUGGUACUAUGAAUAAUUGUUCUGAUUCUAUGCAAGAACAUCUUCUUUAAUUAUGCCUUCUUUU